AUGGGGGAGACCCAAAGCAGCCAAGACACACACAAGACAAUCUAUCAAGACCGGCCUGAGGCGCAACAAAAUGCAUCUUUAAAAUUACCUGGGGAGCUGCUGCGGCGGAAACUGCAGCAGAGCUGGGCAGGCUUCUCCAGUCCUCCAUGCGGACCAGCAUUAGCAAUCCAGGGCACACCCAUAUUCACAGAGCUAGCAAAUGACACCACUGGAGAUGACAGUUCCAGCCUUUUGGAUAAUGUCUUUUGGAUGGCAGCUCCCAAAAACAGACGCACCAUUGAAGUCAACCGGUGUAGGAGAAGAAACUCCCAGAAGCUUGUUAAAGUUAAGAACAAUAUAGAUGUUUGCCCCCAGUGUGGUCACCUGAAGCAGAAGCAUGUCCUUUGUGGCUAUUGCUAUGAGAAAGUGCAGCAGGAGACCAAAGAAGUCAGAAAACAAAUAUGGAAGCAAGAAGGGGGACCUUUUAAGGCUCCUCCCUUAGAGACUGUGGUGCUGUAUACCGGAGAGACGCCCUCCGAACAAGAUCAGGGCAAGAGGAUUGUUGAACGAGACAGGAAAAGGCCAUCCUGGUUCACCCAGAAUUGACACCAAAGAGGCUGGAAAGAUAACUCCAUAGCAAGACAUCUGUCUAGGAAUUGGAAGUCUUUGUGGUUAUAUGGUGUGCCUGUUUAAAAUAUAAAAAUAUUUUAUAAGUAGUUUUAAUUGAGGUACUUGUAAGAAUGUAUCAUGAAUAAACAAAAUGUUUUGUGGUUUAAAA